AUAAAACAAAGAUCAAGCAGACAACAAACUGUUUUUACAAAUCCCUGUAUUGGCCUGGAAUACACACGAGUCAGUAUCGAAAUCUGGCAGUUUAGUUAAUUUUGAUUUAUUUGGACAAAAAUGUGGUUUUAUAAUUAAUUAGUUAAUUUAAUGAAGUUUGUUUCAUCUUAUAUGCAGUGCGGUAACAAACACAUAUAUUUUUAUUAAAAUUUACACUAUAUUUUUAUAAUAAAUUAGUUACCGCGGGAAAACAGUGAAACGUUUGACUUCUAUAAUGGCCGCAAUAGCGCCAAUGCUUUUGAGUUUGCUGUUCUAAAAUGAAAUUUAAGUUAAUAAUUAUGCGGUUAUUUAUCGUUCCUGAGUUGAGUUAUCGUUUUUGAAAUGGACAUCAACGCUGAGGUCUCAACACAAGCUCUAAUAGAUGUAAUCCUGAGCGACCUUCACAAAACGUUACCACCAUGCGCUAGUAAAAAGAAUGACAAAAAAGAAGAAGAAACACAGAAUGCCAUGCCAGACUCUACAACCAACACGGAGAAAAAUAAUGCAAACCCUUUCCACUGUGGGGAUGAUGUCCUUGUACCUAAUAAAGAUGGCAGAUAUUAUUUAGGAACAAUUGUCGAGCUAAGUACCAGUAAUGACAACGAUUCAUGCGACGUCGGUGCGGGUGUGGCCCAGUGCCUCGUUAAGUUUGGGGAUGGAACUCAUUCGUGGGCGCCCGUGGCUACGCUCAAGCUGCUUAGCGCUCCGCCGGCCGACGACGGGCGCAUCAUGUGCGUGGUCUGCAAGCGCCGCGAGGGCCCGGCCGCCAGCCCCGCCACUAACGCCAUCAUCGCCUGCGACAUGUGCGGCCGGGGGUACCACGCCAAAUGCCACUCGCCGCCGGUAGAGUGUUGGAUCAAUGGAGCGUCAUGGCAUUGCAAGAGAUGUGUGGACCAACGGUACCGGGUAGCGGCUGCCGAGAACCGCGCCUCCAAGCGGUCAGACCUACGCUCAGACGUGUUCAGAUUCAAGGGCGGCCCACAGAGGCGGCAGCAGCAGGAGUUAACGCCUCCUUGUGAUACCGCAUCCACAACAUCGUCGGCGGCUUCAGAAGCAGGGAAAGAUCAAGAUGAGGCUCACUGUUAUUGCGGAGAGAAAAGUGAUUGGCUUGCACAGAUGCUACUAUGUUGUCGCUGCUCCCGAUGGUUCCACCAAAGAUGCGUGUCCAGUUUACAGUAUCCAUUAUAUGCUGGUGAUAAGUUGUACAUAUUUGCGUGCGCGGAUUGCAACGGAGGGAAGGAAUACUUGAGGCGGCUCGAGCUUUGCUGGCGGGACUUGGCCCACCUGGCGCUGUACAACCUCACCGCGUACAAUGCACCCAAUUAUUUCGACCUAGACAAUGUGAUAAUGCCGUACAUAAUGGACAACUGGCACGCGUUACAGUUACCCGAAAAGAUGUGGCGGACACCCGUUAACGAGCGCCGCGAGCGCAUCCUGACGGCGUUGACGUCCUCACGCAAGCGCUUCAAGUGCGGCCGCGAGAUGAAGAAGCGCGCCACCAUCUGGGGGCUGCGCCUGCGACGGCCGCCUCCGCCGCCGCUGCAACUAGCCGCCUUGCAACAGAUGAAGAAAGGAGAUCCAUUGACUGACGAAUUAGUAAGAACCUACGCCCCCAGACUGCGCUUUCUGUCACGGGCAUCGUCGCCGCAAUCUCACUCGCCUAUUGAUGAUAGUUCACAACCAUCUAGUAGUAACAAUGAUAAAAGUUCCUAUAAACGUCACAAUCAACAAAUGAUUGUACCCAUCGAUGGCCACUGGUUGAAUUUAAUGAUGGGAAAACGGUUCCAUGAAAACCUUAAUUCCAAUUCUAACUCCGAGAAUGAUUCAACUAGUUCCUACGAGUCUGUCAAGCCCACUGAGAACGAGGAACAGAACUCGCCCUCAGUAUCCACGUCCACCGCUAAAAAGUCUGAUGCCAAAGAUGAUAAUUUAGAUAAAACACAAGUAAAUGAAAGUGAAGUUAAUGAAGCUAUACCACUAUGUGAAGACCCUCAAGUGCCAUCGCUCGAAACGUCGCUAGUUCCAUGCUCUGUAAAGUUAGAUAAAAUACCAAAAGAUAUAAAUGGAAGUGAUAAUACUAGCAACAUCAACAUUAACACGCAUUCAACCCGAAUAGCUACAAUGAAUUUAGAAAUAUCUAAGCUAUCAACUAAAAAUAUUAUUGAACAUUCCAAGAUAAUGUCACUACAACACAUGGAUAAAAUAAUACCUUAUAGCAGCAACUUUUACCAUGACAUGGAGUCCUCUGGGGAUGAGACAUCGAGCCGAGGCACACUAGAUGUCAUUAUACCACCAUUAAAAGACUUUCAAGGGAAAAAUAACCCAUUUCUAAUGCAACACACUUCAAAAAUAUCUCUCUUGGGAAAUGUGAAUAACAAAAAAUUAAACAAAUAUUACUCGAGGUUUUCAUUACCUUCUCAAUUUAAUCCCAUGAUGGGCCCUAUGAUUAGACCAUUGAAAAGAAAACUUUGUGAAAAGGAUAUUGUUGUAGGUCCAAAUGGCGAAGUAAAACGUAGAAAAUUUAGGCGACCGAGAAAAUACUUGCAGAUGCAGUUAAACAAGUCAUGUCCCCUACCUGAAGAAAAGAAACCUGUUCCGCCCCAAGCUACUAAUGGAGAACUCCCUCCUCCGAGCGCUCGCAACAAUAACGUAAAGUUUCACGGUAGAAGACUGAGACAACGACAGGAGAAAAACUAUUACGAAAAUGCGCGUCGCAACACAAACAAUAAUAAUUCGAGCAACAACAACAGCGUGAAGAGUUUGCAAUUGAGUCCCCACAAGAUAAACAAUAGUGUUACAGAAGCCGCCGCGCAGCAGCUAUCGGCGUUGAAGUCUAGCGUGCAGUCGUACUUCCGCGCCGGACAAACCUUCAGCGUGCUGGCACGUCGGCACGUGCCCGGCGCACCUCCGGCCUACCUCAUCGAGUGGGACUCCAACGCAUAGUAGUGCGGCGUUACAUGAAUUUAUUUAAAUAUACAUAUUAUUCUUAUAAUAUAUUUGUAAGUGCUUGUCUGUAGUCUAAUUAGUUGUACAGUAAAUUCGAGGAAUGUGAUAUAUUAUUAUUCCAAUUUGA